ACCCUGGAGGUGCACUGGUUUGGGGAAGGCUCCUGGCCCCCACAGCCCUCUUCGGAGCCUGAGCCCGGCUCUCCUCACUCACCUCAACCCCCAGGCGGCCCCUCCACAGGGCCCCUCUCCUGCCUGGACGGCUCUGCUGGUCUCCCCGUCCCCUGGAGAAGAACAAGGCCAUGGGUCGGCCCCUGCUGCUGCCCCUACUGCCCCUGCUGCUGCCGCCAGCAUUUCUGCAGCCUGGUGGCUCCACAGGAUCUGGUCCAAGCUACCCUUAUGGGGUCACUCAACCAAAACACCUCUCAGCCUCCAUGGGUGGCUCUGUGGAAAUCCCCUUCUCCUUCUAUUACCCCUGGGAGUUAGCCACAGCUCCCGACGUGAGAAUAUCCUGGAGACGGGGCCACUUCCACGGGCAGUCCUUCUACAGCACAAGGCCGCCUUCCAUUCACAAGGAUUAUGUGAACCGGCUCUUUCUGAACUGGACAGAGGGUCAGAAGAGCGGCUUCCUCAGGAUCUCGAACCUGCGGAAGCAGGACCAGUCUGUGUAUUUCUGCCGAGUUGAGCUGGACACACGGAGCUCAGGGAGGCAGCAGUGGCAGUCCAUCGAGGGGACCAAACUCUCCAUCACCCAGGCUGUCACGACCACCACCCAGAGGCCCAGCAGCAUGACUACCACGUGGAGGCUCAGUAGCACAACCACCACAACCGGCCUCAGGGUCACACAGGGCAAACGACGCUCAGACUCUUGGCACAUAAGUCUGGAGACUGCUGUGGGGGUGGCAGUGGCUGCCACUGUGCUCGGAAUCAUGAUUUUGGGACUGAUCUGCCUCCUCAGGUGGAGAAGGAAAGGUCAGCAGCGGACUAAAGCCACAACCCCAGCCAGGGAACCCUUCCAAAACACAGAGGAGCCAUAUGAGAAUAUCAGGAAUGAAGGACAAAAUACAGAUCCCAAGCUAAAUCCCAAGGAUGACGGCAUCGUCUAUGCCUCCCUUGCCCUCUCCAGCUCCACCUCACCCAGAGCACCUCCCAGCCACCGUCCCCUCAAGAGCCCCCAGAACGAGACCCUGUACUCUGUCUUAAAGGCCUAACCAAUGGACAGCGUCUCAAGACUGAAUGGUGAGGCCAGGUACAGUGGCACACACCUGUAAUCCCAGCUACUCUGAAGCCUGAGGCAGAAUCAAGUGAGCCCAGGAGUUCAGGGCCAACUUUGAUAAUGGAGCGAGAUGCCAUCUCUAGUUAAAAAUAUAUAUUAACAAUAAAGUAACAAAUUUAAAAAGA